AUGCGGGCUUCUUGGUGGAUCGGGAUCUGGGCCACAUUCCUCCCCUCCGUGCUCCCGAUAGACACCGCACCCUUCUCUGCGCCGGAGCAUGUUAUAUCCAAGCGGGCCUUUGAGGUCCUUCGAAUCCUAAGACGCUCCGGUAGCAGCUGCCCGAGCGGCUACAACCCAUGCACCAGCCUGGGCGACUCGGACGCCUGUUGCCAGCAAGGGACGAACUGCUCGCGCGAUUCGGCCAACAACAUCGCCUGCUGCCCUACAGGAGCUCAUUGUACAGGUAGCCUGACUGGCACCUCCACGGGUGCCGCUGAGACGGGGAGCAGCUUCAGAUUUCCAAGUGGUGCGACAGCAACGACAACGGCGGCCGGCUCAGAGGCUUCCAUCACGGGCUCGACGGGGUCCGGGGCCUACCCGUUUGUCUACGUGCCUACUUCUUUCUCCAAUGCCGCAAUCUGCUCUUCAUACUACUCACUCUGUCAGUCAGAGUAUGCGCAGUGCACUGGGGCGCUGCUGGGCCGCUAUCAAGUGACGGUGGGUGGAGCCGGCGGGGCUGGAGUGACAGUAGAAGCGGUCACCGCAGCGUCCCAGGCCACAUCCAUCUGCUCGAGCCUGAGCGCAGAGGCCUGUCAUGGUCUCGGCCUGAACUACUGUGCUUCAGUGGAAACGGCAACGGCUCACGGUGCCAGUGGAAAUGCGGCCAUGUCGGGUCGGACGUCGAGUCUUCAGGACUUGGUGUUUGGCUUGGCUGUGGGGGUUGCGGGUGUGUUUAUCUGA